AUGCCUAGAAACCAAGAUAAAGCGUGCUUGCAUUUUGAGUUAGACCUUCGAGGAUGCGGCCCAUGCACGGAACCACAGCCCCAACCCCAACCUCAACCAAAGUCGGACAGCCGUGGGCGUAGGGAGGAAAGAGAGCACAGCCACAAAAAAUACACCCAACACCACUCAGAUCUCAGAGCUGAGUCUCCCCCAAUCGCCAUCCGUGCUGGAACUCGGCCUCCCCCGGCGGAGAGGCACACCACAAAACACCGGGCUCCUUCAAAAACCCGGGCCCGCUCCCCGGUUGCACCGGUCGUAUAUCCACAGCAAGAGGAGGUACCCAUCACCCAUCACCGGCGGUCUAAACGAGUGCACCGCCGUGAAACUGCACCAGUCAAUCCAGAAGAGGCAACAGCCCCACGUCGCCAUAACAGUUCAUCCUCCCGGCGUCGGGAUGAAGAUCAUAUGGCUCCACGGGGUUACGCUCUCCCUCAGGAUGCCCAAUUCCAGGGUUGGGUUCCAGAGGGCAGACCGAUUAUGAACUUCUUCACGGAACAAGUUCCAGCACCACCCCCGCCACAGCAUGUAUGGACACCGGAACAUGACGACGAUCCUGCCGCACCACUAAACUGGGUACCCCCGAGCGUGGAAAUACCUCCACCCCCGCCGCCUCGCCGCCGGUACACAUCGGAUUCUGCCAGACAUGCUGAUCCUUCCCCGCCAGGAGCCUGGUAUGUCGACGAUGCUACUGCCGAGCCCACUGCUAGAGACACUCGUAAAGACCCUCUGCACCGUAGUAGAAAUUUCUCGAAUGCUGCGGAGACGGAAAGACCAGCAGCUAGAGAGAGUCGCAAACGGGAUCACAACCGUCCUACGACAGACAGUAGUGCACGCAAAGAUGCGCACCGGAAGCGCGACCAUGCGCAGGACCGUACCGAGCAGGGGACGCAUUAUAGUGUCCGGUUUGAGUACGUUCAUCCUACGCCCGACGGGCCACCUGGUGGCUGGUACCAGCAUGAGGACUUUUCCCAUGCGCAUACUACUUACCAACACACCGCCUACCAGACCCAUUUCCAUGCCGAUCCAUAUGCCAGCGGCACUCCGUAUGACAAUGAGCCGCCGUCAUUCCAUACAUAUACUGAAGGUGAGAGUUAUGAAUGGAGUAGCUAUCCUCGCCCAUCUGCUUCUCGCGGGGACUACCAGGAGCACCACAGAAGCGGUGGAAGACAUAGACAUGAGUAUCCACCAAAUGGUGCGGCUGAGGCUGUACCGCCGGUAAAGGACUUGACUGAGCACUGGGCUGUACUGGGGCUCCAGGAGGGUGCAGAUGAUGCGGCGAUUAGGUCGGCGUAUAAGAAGAUGGCGCUGAAGUGUCAUCCGGAUAGGCAGGUGGGAAAAGACGAGAGAGAAAAGAAAAAGAUGGAGGAGCUGUUCCUCAAGGUGAAGGCCGCGCACGAUGUCUUGUUGAAGAAGUAG